AUGCAGCAGCCGACCCCGACUUCAAACAUAAAUGGAAGGAAAGUAGACAAGCAAGCAAUGAGUACAUUGAACCCAGUCACCACACAUAGAGAGUUUAAUGGUCUUCCCGGGGCAAUUGGUAUCACUUUUGGUUUACCCCUUGUCAUCUUUUUUUUUGGACUAGUCACUAAUCAAUACUAUUCAUUACAAGGUGUCAAUCUUCAAAUAGACAAAGUGUUGAGCCAAAUACCUUCAACACAAUCACAAUGGGCCGAUUUGUGCUUUGACAAAUAUGUUUGGGGUGCGUACUUGGUCUGGUUCUUUGGUUUGGUUACAUUGGACCAAAUAUUGCCUGGUACAACUAUGCAAGGAACCAAAUUGAGAGACGGCACUUAUUUGAACUAUUGCAUAAAUGGUAUUAGCAUGAGUGGAACAUUGUUUGCCAUUUUGGUUGCGCGUUGCUUGCAAGUCGACGAUUUCAAUUUACCUGAAUUGCAAUUUAUUUACGAUAAUCAGUUGAAAUUGUCAGUGACGUGUAUUAUAUUUUCCUUUUUGUUGGCUGUCUUUGUUUAUGUACUUUCAUUUGUACCGUUGUUCAAAACGAAUGGUUUUGGAACGAGGGAAAGAAUAUUGAGCGUCAAUGGGAACACGGGGAAUGUGGUUUACGAUUGGUUUAUUGGUCGUGAGUUGAAUCCAAGGGUUGGUAAUUGGGAUAUCAAAUUAUUUUGCGAGUUGAGACCGGGAAUGUUGUUGUGGUUUCUAAUCAAUUUGAGCUGUGCCCAUGAACAGUACCAUCGAUUGGGCUAUGUUACCGACUCGUUGAUAUUAGUUACCUUACUACAAUCAUUUUACAUUUUCGACGGGGUUUUGAACGAGACUGGGUGUUUAACAAUGAUUGAUAUCACAACCGAUGGGUUUGGAUUUAUGUUGAGUUUUGGUGACUUGGCCUGGGUGCCUUGGGGCUACACCUUACAGACGAGGUAUUUAAGCAUACCCGGAAAUGAAGUGAUACUCGGGUGGUACAGAUUUGCAGCCAUAGUAGUGCUACACUUUGUUGGGUUUUACAUUUUCAGGGCUUCUAAUUUACAGAAAUCCAAUUUCAAGAAUGGCAAGUUGCAGCAUAUGAAGCAUAUCAAGACUGCUACAGGGUCUAAAUUGUUGAUCGAAGGAUGGUGGGGAUUGUCGCAACACAUCAACUACCUUGGAGAUUGGUUAGUUGGCUGGUCGUGGUGUCUCCCUACUGGGUUCCAAACCCCCUUGACGUACUUCUAUGUGAUCUAUUUUGCCAGCUUGUUGAUUCAUCGACAAGUGAGAGACGAUAUGAAAUGUCAGGCAAAGUAUGGCAAAGACUGGGAAACUUAUAAACAAUUGGUUCCGUACAAAAUUAUUCCUUAUAUAUAUUAA